GGCUGCAUCCCGGAAGAAAGGUCGCGUGUGUUAACCAACCUCUAAUGUUCCAUGGAAGAAGCUUAAAGUCAUUUUUGGGUAAUAAAGAUAUCAAAACAGUUCAGAAAUGUCUAAAGACUUUUAACCAAGAUCUCGUGGACGUUAACCACCACCUGUAUCAGGCGUUUUAAUUAGCGGCUGCCGUAUUUAGCAUGAUUAGUGUCCAUGUGAGGCUCUGUAUGCAGCUGGUUGUGAAAGGCAGAGCCCUGUCUGCUGCUGUAACGGUUCCACGUUUAGAUUCUACUUUCCGCAGGACUGUUUUCUACUUCCACCGGUCAAUGGCGACCCUUGAAAAUGAGUUUCCAUCGAAGAGGCCACAGAAGAAGCAGAAAGAGCCGCUGCGCCGGGUGAAGACCAAGGAGAGCCGCAACAAGCGAGGGGACGUUCACGGUCCGUCCACCGUGUACGUGCAGGUGGUCGGUGCUGGCAGCAGGGACAGCGCCGCGUCGCUUUAUGUCUUCUCCGAGUUCAACAGGUAUCUCUUCAAUUGUGGAGAAGGAACUCAGAGACUCAUGCAGGAACAUAAGCUGAAGGCUGCUCGGCUCGACAACAUCUUCCUGACCCGACUGAGCUGGGAGAACGUGGGAGGCUUAUCAGGGAUGAUAUUAACUUUAAAAGACACCGGCGUUCCUGAGUGUGUGCUUUCUGGACCGCCACAGCUGAAGAAUUACCUGCACGCCAUCAAGUCCUUUUCUGGCCCUCUGGAGGACAUCAAGCUGUCCGUUCGGCCGUACACUGAAGAGAUGCACAAAGAUGAAACCAUGACCGUGUGUCAGGUGCCCAUAUUUGCCAAGUCAAAGAGCGACAGGCGACAGAAUUCACCCAGGGCUGGAAGAAGCGGCUCCUCUUCUCCAAAGAGGGACGGCUUUCACCAUAACGACAGACGAGAUGGGGAAAGACGGGGUGCAGCUAGAGACACAUCACUAGUGAUCGCCUUUGUGUGCAAGCUUCAUCCCAAGAAAGGAAACUUCUUGGUUGCUGAAGCCAAAGAGCUCGGACUGCCAGUGGGAACAGCAGCUAUUGGUCCUCUCAUCAAGGCCUUGAAAGAUGGAGAAACCAUCGUUCAUGAUGGAAAAGAGAUCCGACCCGAACAGGUUUGUACUCCCACUGACCCGGGACCAGUUUUUAUCGUGGUGGAGUGUCCGUCUGAGGAGUUUGUCGAAGGUGUUUGUAACAACCAGCAACUGAGGAGAUACCAGACUGGAGGGACUGAAGACUCAGCUGUCCUGGUGGUCCACAUGACUCCAGAGUCCAUUCUGGAAACGGACCAGUACAAAGAAUGGAUGGAGAGGUUUCCAUCCACGACAGAACACCUGAUCCUCAACGAGCAGGUCUGCACUGUCCAUAACAUCAGAAGUCACAAGAUUCAGACGCAGCUCAACAUGAUUCAUCCGGAGAUCUUCCCACAACUCAAAGCCUAUAAAGCAAAGCAACCACAAGCUGCGCUGCACGUCCCUAAUGUCCGAGCAGAAUGUCUGCUAAAGUUCCAGCUCCGACCUGUAAUGGAAUGGCAAAGAGACGCAAUGUCCUCCUGCAUCACCGAGGAGUUUGUGAGAGAAGCUUCUGAGGUUCCAAACUUUCUGGAAGAAGUUGAAAAGUGCAGAAAGGCUUGUUCAGCAGAAGCAGCGGAGCUUUCUGUUCCGGGUGAAAAAUACCCAGAGGUGGUCUUCCUGGGAACCGGAUCGGCUCUUCCCAUGAAAAUCAGAAAUGUCAGCGGAACUUUAGUGAACAUCAGUGCGAGUCAGUCCCUGCUGCUGGACUGUGGAGAGGGAACCUUCGGUCAGCUCUGCAGGCACUACGGAGACCACGUGGAUGACGCUUUAUCAAAGAUCUCCACUGUCUUCAUCUCACAUCUUCAUGCGGACCAUCACACAGGGCUGAUAAAGCUGCUGUACCAGAGACAACGAGCGCUGGACACCUUGGGAAAACCCUUCAGCCCCAUCUACUUGGUGGCUCCAGCUCAGAUCAUGACCUGGCUGGGACAGUAUCACGACUACUGCGAGGAGAUCCUGGAUCAUUUUACUCAUAUCCCCAACAGAUUCCUCUGUGAUGACGCUGAGGUGUCCAAACCCAAAACCCAUUCGUUCAUCCAGGCAAUGCUUAAAAAGAACGACCUUGAGAAGUUCCGGACCUGCAUUGUGCGCCACUGCAAGAAUGCCUUCGCCUGCAGCUUUGUGCACCAGUCAGGCUGGAAGCUGGCCUUCUCUGGAGACACCAUGCCCUGCGACGCUUUCGUAAAUAUCGGCAAGAAUUCAACAUUAUUGAUCCAUGAAGCCACGCUGGAGGAUGAGCUGGAGGAGGAAGCUGUGGAGAAAAGACACAGCACAACCUCACAGGCCAUCGGCAUCGGCAUGAAGAUGAACGCAGACUUCAUCAUGUUAAACCACUUCAGCCAACGCUACGCCAAGAUCCCCCUAUUCAGUGAAGACUUCAAUGACAAAGUGGGAAUAUCCUUCGACCACAUGAAGAUCUGCUUCAGAGACUUUAAAACCCUUCCUAAGCUUAUUCCUGCUCUUAAAACCCUCUUUGCUGAAGAGCUGGAGGAGAUGGAGGAGAGAAGAGAGAGGAGGGAGCUGAGAAAUCCAAAAGGAGUUUCCAACGAUGCUGUCAGCGAGCAGAAGAUGUUUGGAAGAUCUGAGGUGGAAAGAGGAGUGAAGAGAGAGCAGGAGGCUGCAGGGUUAGACAGCAUAGACACAAAGAGACCCAAGACCACCUGAUUCAUCCGGAGGAGAGGACUCUGCAGGAGCGCAUACUGGAUUAUUUUAUUUAUGAGAAACUGAGAUUUUUAUUUGACUUAAAGAAAUAAGUUUUCAUGAGAUGUGUGCAAAAGUUUAAGUUUAUAACAUGCUUUGGUUUUCAUUAAACAGAAUAAAGCAUCUUCACUCCAAACUGGUUCAUCCAGAUACUUUGCUUGAGCUAAAUGGAGGAAAUCUUGUUUUAACACUGAAAGAUUUUUUUAAUA